UUCAACGAUGUAACCAUGGUAACCAGCACUCUGCGCUGCCGGGUUCAGGGACCAAAGCGAGAAGUUUUUACCGGAUAUCAGAAACAACCGAGUUUAACUUUAAAGUUUUGUCUCAGAUAGAUUCCCAGCAUCCAGACGCAGCGUUUUAAAGUCGAUGAAAGGAGUUUUUGAGCAAAGUUUCGGGUAACCGACGGUUUUUAUCCAGGACGUGAGUUGCUCCACUUUCCCACAUGGAUUCAGGAAAACUGGACAGGACGAAACCGGAGAUUCCAGUAAAACAUCUCAGUGCAUCCCAUAAGAUUAAACACUGUGAUGAGGUCAGUCCUAAAAGUCUUCUUGACCUCAGUAAGGUGAUUCGUCUUCUUGAGGACCCUCUGACGGAGAGGCACCUGUUUGUCCUGAAGAAACUGCUAAAGAGAAACCACUCAGGCUUCCUUCUGAGUGAGCUAGCUGAUAUAUCCCAAAUACUCAACAUCUGUGCGGAGAAAGUGAGCGAUCAACCCAAAUAUGCAUCUGUUCUGUGUGAAGCUCUUGAAAUCUGCAGGUUUCCCUUCCUGAAGGAGCGAACAUCUGAUGAGCUGAUCUACGCUCAGGACGCCACAGAGUUCCUCUCUAACAUGGGCCAUCUGAUGAGGGUCCCACAUGCUGAAGUUCAGGAACACGUUGUUGAAUUGGUGAGGUCGUUUUUCAGCUCUGAUGCUCCAACGGAUCUGCCUGAAGAGCUCCAGGCGACCUCUGCCGUUUACCGGCUGCAGUUGCUGGAGCGCAGUGACCUUCCCAAAACGCUGCUUCUUUCCAUGGCAGCUCUGCAGAACCAGCCUUCCAUCAAGCUACAGCUCCUGCAAACCCUUCAACUUCUCUCCAGCGCCUCUGACAUGAACUGCACCUUGAUCCUGGAUGCAGGAGGAGCUGAGAUGAUCUGUCUGCACAUGAAUGACGGUGACCUGUCCGGUCAGGUUCUUUUGUGCUCCUCGGAGAUCCUCUGGAACCUGCUGGAGAGCAGGAGCAAGGAGGAGGCCAUGACUCAGCUCAGCAGCAUGGAGUGUGUGGUGUCACUGAAGGAAGCGUUUUCAUUCGUGCUGGAGAUCACAUCCUGUGGUUCUGACCUCCAGCUUAGGAAUUAUCUGCUGGUGAUCACGACUCUGAUCGCAGAAAAUCCAAACUGUCCACUCAUUGAGAGCUUAUUUGCCAAACAGCUACUGGGUUUCAUCACAUUUCCAGAGCUGAACAGCUCUUCAGUCCAGAAACUCACUUACAGCAGGGAAGACCUGAAGAUGAGGAAGCUGUUGUUGAAUCUGCUGUUCGUGAUGUGUAGAAACGUUGCUGCUCUGCAGCUUUUUAGAGAGGAGCUGGUCAUGGUGAACCUGCUUCAGCUAGUGAAUCCUCCUGUUGCCUAUCCUGAGCACCGGCCAGCUUCACCUCAUUGCUUCAUCACUCAGCAGGAAGAGCUCCAGCUGCAGGCGUUAGACGGCCUGGCCAGCAUCGCUCCAGUCAUGCUGCACGACUACAUGUCCUGUCAGGGAAACACAUGCCUGCUGCUGCUGCUGGAGCGGUGCACCAACAAAGAUGCCAAAGUCAGCAGGAUGGCCCAGAUGCAGCGUUGCAUCAGAGUCCUGCGAUCUGUGACGGCUCUGGGAGACCCGGCUGUAAACCAGGACCUCUGUGAUCAGGGAGCCAUCAACCAGCUUCUGGGGUUUUUAAUCCUGAUGGAGGGGAGUUAUGAUGAAGAUGAUGUGAUCGCCGUGGAGAUGAUGUCGAAUAUCCAGCUCAUCCUAUCAGAGCUGUGUGAGACCGACCUACACAGAAAGGAGCUGUUUGGCUUAGAGGGAGUAAAGAUGGUCGUACGUUUCCUGAAGAAAGGUCCGAAGAAGUUCUACAGCGGUUUGGGACACAACAAGCUCGUGAUUUCCACCGUCGACUGUGUGUGGUCCUGCAUCGUGGGCUGCUGCAUCACAGAAUACCAGUUCCUAGCAAAAGAAGGAGCAUCUUUGUUGCUGGAUUUACUCCAAGCGAGUCCCAGAUGUAUACACAGCUUCAUCCUCGCCACCCUGCUGGAUCUUUGCAACAACCCAAACACUCGGCCUCAGAUCCUGAGCUGGAGGGACGUCAGCGGACAAACGGCUCCCAGAGUCCUGCUGCAGCUGUGGAGGGAGGAAGAGGAGGAGCUGGGAGUCCUCCGGAACCAACAUGGGGGGAUUAAAGAUCCAGAGAAGCCUCUCCUGACUGGUUUCCAGGAGGACAGCAGUGGUUUCCCUGCUGACACGCCAUCUGCAGCGUUGCUGGCAAUGUCGGAAAACCUGCGAGCGAAGAUUUACCUCCUCUUCUGCAGUUUGGGUUUCCAGGAGCUUCCUGGCCUGUCAGCAGGAGAUUAUGUGACUCUGGGCAUCGUCAGGAGAUACUUGGACUUCAAGGUUGGAGAGGUGUGGAAUGAGAUCUGCAGCGAGCUGAUUCUGGAUGGCGUGAAGCCAAUCAGAUCUGAUCAGGAAGCUCUGAGAUCCAUCUGUAAGACAUCAGAGGAGACAGCAAGGAGAUUAAUGGAGGAUCAAACACGUAUCCUGGAAGAGCAGGAGGAGGAAGAGAUCAGGGAGGAGAUGCUCAUCUACAAAGAGAUGAAGUCUCGCCAGAAACAGCAGGAGAUAGAAGCCAAAUCCUGGGACAGAUACAUUUCCAGAACUUCAAAUUACAACAUCCUGAAGGAGGAAAAAGCUCAGAGGAAAAACUACAUGGAAUCAAACCUGAAGCAUGAAAAUGCUGCUGCUGAUCGUCCUGCGAAGCUUUUCAUCAGCCACAUCCUGGCAGUGGAGAACACUGGUGAUCAGGGACCUGCAGGGGUUGACGUGACACUCGCCAGAACUUCAGUCUGAGCUAAACUGAUUGAAAGAGCUGCAGAACUCCAGCAGGAUGGAAAACUGACUGGUUCAACACGAGACUUUUAUACUCGAAGAGGUUUUAAUGUUCUUGCAUGGGUGUGAGGUUAACACAAUAAAACUGAGAGCUUAAGAUUUUGCACGAUAAAUCGUUUUUAUUUAUGUGUGCAGCUGUUUCUGUUAUCUAUCAAGGCCACAGGCAGAAAACUCAGACAUGACUCUCAGUCUGCACAAUCACUACCUUGUAGUCUUGUCUACCACCCAGUGCUCAUGCAGAGCCUUCAAGCCAUUCCUGUGGUGAAAAUGAGUUUGCAUGUCUAAUUAUCAGAGUGCCCUUAAAGCAACAUCUGCUCCUUAAAUAAAGCUGCUGAAAAAAUAGUUUCUGUGCUAAGGCUGUUUCCCAUGUUUAUAUAUGGCAUCAUAAAGCAUGUAGGACAACAUAAUUUACCCAUGUUUUGUGUAUAUGUUUUAACCUGAUAGCACACAGACUCCAUUUACAAGAAGAACCAAGAACGUCUCUACUUGCUGAGGAAUUGAAGACUUUAAAUGUCUGCAGGAGCACAUUGAUCUUGAUCUAUUUAAACAUUUAUUACAUUCUGUUUCAAUUUUCUUAAAACAAAAAUCAUAAUUACAGAACAUCUAAACAAUCAGGCGCAAUAAUUGGUUCACCCCAACCCUGUUUAUCAGAUCGAUGUAGCCUCCCAGUGACCAGGAAGUCUCCAUGAUCCCUGAGGACUCUUCACAUCCACCACACAACAUCUACUACACCCCAACCAAUUCAGUCCAAUUCAGUUUUAUUUAUGUGGUGGAAAUUCACAACACAUGUCGUCUCAAGGCACUUCCUACAGAGUGAAUUCAACCAAUUAUACAGAUUUCAAGUCAGGUACAUACAUUCGAAUGAAUUCUAACAUAUAAAAAUGUUUUGCUCCUGUGUCCAUGUCUGCUUGUUCAGCAGGUGAAGAAAGUCAGAGGAAAGUUUUUAUCUUAUCAAAGCAGCAUAUGAAUCAGUUGCCUUUAUAGUUUCUUUAUAGUCUGCAGCAGUGCAUUUCAAAUAUUUUUUAUAAAACAUCUUUCUGAAUUUUGUCUCUGAGGAAUGUUUCUAGAUCUUGUCAGAACCUGAAACUCUCUGUCAGGCUUUGCUGUUUUUCCAUUUCUAGGAUUAGCUGUUGUGUUUGUGCUUGAAAAGAGGACAACUGUGGGAAAAAUGCAAUAACAGCUGCAAAUCUCAUGCAUAUGAUGGACUCAGUUAGUGUGUUUUAUAUUUGCAUGUAUUUAAUACAAUCUGCUGUGUGAAUCCAGUGCAGAAAUGAAGCAGAUACUGCAUGUGACAAUGGGCAGAAAAUGAAGCAAAUCGCACUACUUUGUGAAUUUAUCCCCAGAGGUUCUAUCACCGUUGAGGACGUUAUGCUGACUUUAGUUUUCUGAUGAUCAACCCCAACCUCAACCAGUUUCUUACUGGGCUGUUCCAUGCAUGUCUAGACAACGUGGGUGAUGACUGAACACACAGAACUGAAGUAAAGAACUUACCUUUUGCAAGCAAAUGUCUCUUUUUAGCUCAUUUUGGUAUUUAACAAGGUCAUUACAAAGAAUCUGUUUUACCUCAAAGUAUCUUCCUUAGAUCUGCAUUUUCUCUGUUAUCAAUAAUAACUUACAGCAAGAACCACUUAUGAAUUUUUAACAUUGUGCCAUUAUGUAACAGAAGCAGAAGCCUUACAGAGAAACCUGAAACAUAAAUACAAUCUGAACUUGUCCAGUAUCAGUUUGAAAUCUCACAGAACUAAAGCCUUUAGCUCUAUUUUGCGCUAGAUUAGGACUCUUUAAAGUGUUUCAUACUCUGUGUUUUCCCGUUACAUAAGUCGCUGCAGUGCAUUAACACAAAUGUUCAUUGAAGCAUGCAACAAGCUGCACAGAGCCACUUUUCUCUUGCAGCUCUCAUCAUUUCACUGGAUGGCUGAAUCAUCCGUGACGGGACGGCGCUUUCUAUGAAGCUUCAUCAGAGCUCGCUUGUGUUGAGGCUAGACAAAGAUCAGGGACAUGCAGGAGCUUCCUGAGUGCAGCUGAGCGUUGGUGCUGUUUCUGGACCCAGUCUGGACUUCCAGAGGACCGCUUUAUCCCUCAAAACUAAACUUUCAGGUUGCCCAGACUAACGUGGGACUGAUUGUUGCUCUGUUCUCCUGCUGGCAUCUUCUCGACUCAUCACCGGCUCCAGCGACAGGAAUGAUGUUCCGCCUGGGAAGAUUGACACCGGGAUACUUCCGACUCCUCCAGAGGCAGAUGUCUGGUGAGGUUCAGGUCCAGCCAUACAGCAGCAUCAUGGAGCCUGUCGCCAUGACGAUGGCUGCGCUAGGGUUGGGAGUAUCUGUGUACAGCGCCAGGCAGAUGGCGGCAAGUUGCGACAAACGUCACUGAAAAGCUCUUUGGGAAUGUCGGAGAUGAUUUUUGUUGGAGGCUGAGAAGGUUUCAGGUGUUUGGAAGGAAAAUAAAGUUUAUUAAAAAGGAAAAAGUAAAGUUUUAGUCAGAGACAAGUGGGAAGGUGAGAUGGGCCAGCCAGACUUGAUCAGAGGUUUUCUUUUAAUGCAGUAAUAAUUAGAAAAUCAGUAGAUUUUACAUGAAGCGCUUGCUUUCUGCCUGCAACUUGUAGUUCAACAAAAUGUAUUUAUUUUAUUUAUGAUAUUUCUCACAAAUGUUUGUCAUUUUAUUGUAUCUUGUUACUGUAAUGAUUGAGUUUUGUUGUUCAUCCUGAAGCUUCUGACUUUAAAUUAUUCAACAAGCUGCAGGAACCGUAAUGUAGCCUCAGUUUACCCACAUUUUCACUCUAAUCACAGAUGGAAAACACACAUUGUGAAAUACUUGGCCUAAAUUUAGUUUGUUUUUGUCCUUCAUUUUAAUGUCAUAGCACCAGAGGAGUCAGCAACCUUUAAAUAAAGAUUACUUGUUUUUACCAUAGAAAAUAUGAUUGUUUUAUUUAAAAAAAACACAUUUUUAUGUAUUUCUAAAUACAUAAAAAUGUGGUUUUAUACAUGAUAUUUUUCUAAUUCCGUACCAAUGGAAAAGAAUGUAGUUUGUGAUGUAAUGAUGGAAAAUAAAAGAAUUAGUGUGUAAAA